CCGAAACCGCGUCAUGCUGGACGUUGGCACGCACAGCAAGACGGAGACAAGGAAUCUUCUUGUGCGUGAAGAGCAUAAGAUAGGCGGGAUACGGCUCACAUCUGCACGAUCGAUCACAAUAAGCAGAGGGGGCGAUGGUGCCGCCUCGAGGGAAUCCUCGCCCGAAGGCGUACCUGUCGAUCGGGGAAUACCUUCGCAAGGCCGGCGCGUUUAAGACCGUCAACGUCUACUACAACGAAAUCAUCAGCACACACCCUUCGGUGGCGUUAAGCGAAGACGGUGAUACGGAGGAAGUGGAUGAGCUGGCGCAGGGGAUGAUUGAAGCCGCCCAGCACGGGCACCUGGAGACUCUGCGGUUUCUGGUGGGAAAGGCCCAGACCGGGGGCGAGGAGGGGGGGGUUGGCACCUGCAUUGGGGAGCGGGUGGGGUGUCUAAUGCUUCACCUCGCGGCGGAGGCUGGCCAUGAUACCAUCGUACACUACCUGGUGGAAGACUUGUGGGUGGACAUAGACGAGGCCACCGUGCGAGGCAUGACCGCCUUGCACUACGCGGCAAAGGCGAAUCGCACCGCCGUGGUUCGAGAGCUGUCAAGGCUUGGCGCGGACCUGGAGGCCAAGAACGACGCCGGCCAGGUUCCCGCACAGCUUACGAAGGACCGUUUGCUUCGGCGGCUGUUCCAGCAGUACCUUGGGGGGGGGGCCUGGGGUGGCGCCGGCAGCGAGGCGGGCGGGGCAAUGGUGGACCGGUUCGUUUCACCGUCGGCGUCGAGGGUGGUGGACUACGUGGCUGUCAUGACGGUCAAGCUCGCGCCGCAGCUGAGGGCGGAGUGCGACGAGCUGUCCGACCUCAAGCAGGCGACGGUGGCACAGAUGUGCCGUUUUCCCGAGGAGGACCACGAGGACACCCCCAUGACGGAUGCCUCCAACCUCGCCGAGAUCUGCACGCAGUCUUGCGGCGCGCAAGGCGGUCCCCUGGCGGCGUACGGGACGCUCCUGACGGACACGUCUGGGGCUCGGUCGUACGUGUGGAGCAAGGUGCUAGGGGUGUACCAGGACGCCGCUCAGAAGGGCAGGGCUCGGGUGCACACGGCGCUGGGCCCCCCGCCCGGGGAGAGGGACGGCGCCGUCCCCGCGGGAGAGACGUCGGCCCGCGUCGUCCUGGUGCUAGCGAGGCACCCCUACACGGCCGCCUUCGCCUCCAUCUGCGAGCACAUCGCGGAGCUUAUCCUCGACGAGGCGUUGAAUUGGGGGUCCCUGUGUGAGUGGCCCCUGGACAUGGAGCAGGAGAGGAACCAGCAGAUCAGGUUCUGCAUGGAGCACUACGCGAGCGAUCUUCCGCUGCCGCUGCCCUCGGCGCAGGCUGAGCACACGGUACUCGACCGAGUACUGCGUUACGGCGACGCGCACGCCUCUCACAGCAGCUUCCCGCACCUCGAAGAGGCGGAUCUACGCUGCCUGACGUCGCGGCUGGGCCCGGACACCAUCCUCGUGGCGUUGACGUGUCUUCUGCAGGAACAAAGCGUGCUGCUGCUGAGCGAUCACUUGGAAGAUUUGGCCCCGGCGACAUCAGCACUGCUGGGACUCUUGUUCCCGCUCAGGUGGCCGCACACGCUAAUUCCCGUGCUUCCAGCAUCCCUGGUGCACUACUUGGAGGCACCGGUGCCGUUCUUGAUGGGGAUGCAUCAGAAGGGGCUAGAUAGGGUCGGGGCUGACCUGUCCUGCGUUACGAUAAUCAACUUGACGACGAAUAAGGUGGUGUUGCCGAUCCGGCCAAUCACGUCGGUGUACACGGUGGUGUCGGAGAACAAUGCGGCGGAAACUUCCGGGAAGGAGCCCCAGAGAAGGCCAAGCCGUCGGGACAGCGGCCAGCGCUCGCUCGCAGAGCUCCCCAGGGCCCUCAAGAGUCGAGCGGAAAACCGGAUGAGGCGGUGUGUUCCUCUCGAGGUUUCUCCGGUCACGGACCGAUCUCACCACCAGCCUCGGGCAUCGACGCUCUACACGCCGGGCAUUAGGGUGGCAGUCGCGGACGUCAUGGUGGAUUUGUUUGGGGCCUAUCAGACAUACCGGUAUGUGGCUGGAUCGCAGAAGCGCAUGGUUAGUGAGGCGCCUGAGGACCACCGUAAGCUACUCGAGGCUGUCUACUCCACCCAGCUGUGGCGAAUAUUCUCGGACGACCUGCUGGCAGAGGAGGCCGGGGCUAACGGCGACAAUUGGGAGGAUCAGGCUCAGCUCUUCUGCGCGUGCGUGGAGCGGGCAAGGCACCAGGGGGGCGUGUCCGGCCCCAGCGGGGACUCCCACAGCUGUCAGGACGUCCUCUACCCUUCCGAGGACGUGGAGGAGCAGCUGUCCCUCCUCAGCGUUUACCCGGAGCCAACCGACAACGUCAACGGCUCUGCCGAGGGAACGCAGCACGCAGAUGACGGCAUGGCGGACUCAGCGAUCGCUACGGCGAGUGGGAACGAUCAGACCGGAGCGGCAGAUCGUGCCGAUGAAUCUCUGAAAGCAGCAACGGCGGCAGCGGUUGGUGGGCUGCAAGGCAAGACCGAUGAGGUGCUGAAGUCCAUCACAGACUCGUUCGCCACGGUGACCGAUAGGUUCGGCGGAGUGCAACCGGGGAGAGUCUCGAGCAAGACCUCGGACCCGGACAGGGGUAGCGGCGCCGUAGAUGGCAGUAGUGGCGGACUCUCCUCCGCUGGAGGGGGUCAAGGUGGAGAGGCGGCGGCGGUGAAGCCAGACGGGGGUGGCUGGGAAAUGUUCAAGCCGCCGUCCAUGGCCGAGAUGAAGCGGAGACUGGAAGACAUGACGGCCGGGGGGAUGCCCCUGUCGCUUCCGAAGGUCCCGCUGCAGCAGAAGUCAUCUCCGAGACAACAAUCACCAGCGAGGACGGGCCUGAGCAUCCGAAGGAAGUCGACGGAAGGCCGCUCCACGUCCCCGGCAAGAAGGGACCCCGGCGCCGCGGCCGCCGCGGGGCUGGCCAAGUUCGGGGACGGGUGGAGAGACUUCCGCCGCCGCAGCGCCGAGGCGGUGGAGGAGGCGGUGACCAAGAUCAAGACCGUCCUAGACGACAGCGACGAGGAGAGGGCCGCGGACGAGCGGGUGGCGGCGAGAAUCGCGGAGAAGAGAAGGGCGCAAACCGCGACAGCCGGCGGCGGCGGCGGCAACAACCCCGCUCCCGGAGGGAGCGAUGAUGACGCGUUUUGGAAGCCGUUCGGGGGCGGAGGGGACGGCGACGACGGGCCCGUGCCGCUGCCAACGUCGGAAGAGGUGCGGAGAGGGACGGCCGUCACCGGUAGCAGGUCUGCUUGCGCCGCGCGACGAGACCUCGAUGCGUACUACGGCGGUGGGAGCGGCGAAGGCGGGGGCAGCUGAUUAUCAUGUGUCUACCGUUUGUGGGUGUCGGGGAAGUUUUGUGUUUUCAGUAGGUUUCGAGGGCGUGCGUUUUUCUGUGUGUGUUUCUUGUGUGGCUCGUGCGCUGUCGUGGCUGACGUAGUGCUUGCGUUGCCGUCGGUUCCUGUCGAUUAUUCAAGACCACUGCUUGUGCCCCCCAGCGGAGUCUUGUCCCACGCUACAAGCGAAUCGGCGAUGUUUUGUCGGUUGAUUGGGAAUUGAUACGUGACUGAAAUCGUUGUUUCUCUCCGAAAGGGAGGAUAUAACAGGAUGGCGAGGAACUUCUCAAUGACUUGUUGCGAUGGGAAGAGGUGAAAUUGUCGGAUGGGCUUCGUUUUGAGUGCAAUCUACCAAGGCAGGGGAGAGGAUUCGAAACACGAUUGGGAGGCCGCGUGGAGUGACGCACAAAGGAGGACCCCAUAAUGUUGGCCAAAUCCGCACUGUGUGCACGCUGUUUUUCUUUGCGUGAGUCUGGAUUUCGGAGUCGCCUGCCUGUGGACAGGCACACCGUGCAGUACGGUGCAAACGUCUCCUGUACAUGGCGGUUUAUAUGUUUUCGACGCGUGCAGACAUGAGAAUCGGGUGUCACUCAAGCCCGAGGGCGAUAAGUCCAUCACAGCUUGGCAGGUGGUCAUGGUCGAAAGUGGGAUAAUAUUCCGAGAAACUUGACUUGGGCAUCAAACGGGUCCUAAGUGGCUUUUCCCCGAUAUUGAUACGUUUUCAAGACCGAUUUUCUGUCGUCUUGGAAUUGACAACGUGUUAUUUCAACCCAAUUUCACAAACCCUCCAGUAUCCGACACAUCGUCUGCAUUUCCACAAUUCCCGGAAGUUCUACCGGACAUCACCCACAUUCACUACAACCGCAGCACCUGACACGACACCAGCAUAGUUCGUACGUGUACUCUUCUCUGCAUGUACGCUGCGGCACAGAAUACGCACGGUAAUUUUUACCGUGCUGAUUUCCUCUCUUGCAAACUCAUUCAACGGGUAGACAGUCCUCCAGUUUUCCCGCUUUCCAGUAUCGUUUAAAUAGUCUAGACUACGUGCUGUACGCGGACCUCCUUACGAAGCUGUCUCGCCCUGUCUGCCCCGAUCCCCGCCCGUUAACGUGUUCACUUGUUCCUCCACUUUUCAUUUCCCUGCACCUCGAUCAUCGUACCAUGCAAGCUUACAACCCAAAUACUUCACACCAUUGACAACAUGCAACAUGUACAUUUCCUUCUUCUCGGCCAUCCCAAAGGCUAUAUCACCGGAAAACGUGAAUUUCUGCCGAAGGGGUUCGCUUCGCGCGAAGGGAGUAGUCUACUCCGUGUUUCUACAGACUACAGACGUGAGAGCUGCAGUUAGAAGUUGUGUCUAGCGGCCGUUUUAUA